GUCUCCAAACUUACACGAUUAAUCAAACCACAGCGGUGCCAUUUACAUAGCUCGCAACAAUAUGUUAGGAGAAGCGGAUGCUAAAUUUCCCGGACAAGGUGGAGACGGUAUUCCGCCUUCCCCUUCUAGAGAGAACCCUGGCCAGGUUUACCCAAAGUCGGAUCCCAAAGCUGCACCGAAGGAUACUAUACCCGGUACGGGAAAGCAGAAUGAAACGUCAUCGUUUACCGGAAAUCCGUACCUACUGCAAGGAGCAUUGGACAAGCUCUACCAUUCCCUUACAGAUGUAAUAAAUAUUAUUCAAGAAGAGAAAUCGACGAUGGGUGGCUCCAGUGAGGAAGUGGCGUUCUUAGCGAAGUUAAAGUGCUGGAGGAAUGAUAUCACACAUGUACGUGACAGCAAAAGCCAGGGGCCCAGAAUAUCUGGAAUGGAUGGUGUGCCAGCGGAUGAGGGGGGUAUGUUUACUGAUUAG